CUUGGUGCUGGACACAGGGCAAGGAAUGACUUCACUUCUACCCACAGGUCGCUUGCAUAACUCGGAAGCUUUCAAUUAUGGUGUGGAGACCUGGGAAGCUUACAAGAGGGGAGGUUUGUCCAAAGAUCUGGUUGAAGAGCAAAAGAAGGUGCAGGAAGCAGACUUGCUGAUUUUUCAGUUUCCCUUGUUUUGGUUCAGCAUGCCUGCGAUCCUGAAGGGCUGGAUGGACAGAGUGUUGGUCCAAGGCUUUGCUUAUGAUUUGUCAAAGUCUUAUGAUGGUGGUUUGCUCCAGGACAAAUUAUCCCUGUUUUCUUUCACCACUGGAGGAACCAAAGAGAAGUUUGCAAGCAGAGGUGAUGUUCGCUAUCUCCUGUGGCCCAUGCAGCAUGGAAUCAUGCACUUCUGUGGUGUCAAAGUCCUUGAACCUCACAUCUGUUAUGCUCCAAAGCAUGCCUCUGAGGAGAAGAGGAAGGAGAUGCUGACUGCCUGGACCCAGCGUCUGAAGACUCUUUGGAAGGAAGAACCCAUAAACUGCACUCCUGAGUGGUAUUUCAAGUAGUGCUCAGGUACACGACUACAGAAAGAAGAUCAUUUUUCUCCAUUCUUUUGGAUGCUCUAUCUAAAUACCUGAAUGCUAAUCUCCUAAUUCAAAUGUAUUUUAACAAUCUGGAAUAGAGCAGCUAGCAGCUUAACUGAAAAUACAGCAUUUAUCUUCAUUG